AUGCACCGUUUGACGGUGCACGACGAAUCCAAGAUGCCCGAGCGCCUGAAUUUGCUUGACCUGCGGACCGAUUCGCACUCGUCUGCCAUGUCGUCGAGCUCGAGGCCUUUACGAUCCCCGCGCAUGCACAUGGUUGGUGAAGCGCCGCCAGAGCUGUCUCCUCUCGAUGCAUUUGCCCUUCAGAGUCGCCUGCUGGCCAAGCAGCUGCAAGAAAGCAACAGGGAUGGGAACAGAAUGAGCCGACUACCUCCCCUUACCAUGCAAUCGCCUUUAAUCGUCCAAGGCCGAUCAGAGUACUUUCGUUCAAUGCCAGCAGACUCUGCAUCAGAUCCCGAAUCUCCAGAACUCCCGGCUGGAUUCGCUCUCAAAACUGAAAUCGAGGACGCAUUUUCAAGUGACAAGCGGCCGAGAUCGAUGCACCCGCGUAUGAGCCGGAUACGGCCUCCCUCCAAUGUUGACGUACCAGCCUUACUCGGACCACUUCCAGAUACUCCACGGGGACGACAAAUGGGCCCUGUCCGGGGACGAGAAGAUAUUUUCGGCGCUCGCCAUGAGCGUUCACCAUCACCCAUCCAGAGUGACAGCCAGUCACAAUGCGAAAAUCACUCCGAGCCAUCGCCCGCUUGCAAGAACAAUAGCCUACAAUCCACUUCUCCACGGCCCGCCCCCGUCUCUGCAGCCUCCACGGAGAGGACGAAGCAAGACAGCUUUGAUGAAUUGGGCCUUGUGCCGCCGCCGUCUCUCUUCACGAGGCGCUCAUCAAGCAUUCUCUCCUCCCCCGUUCUCGAAGACGGCGAGAAUUCGAGCAACAUGGGCAGUUCGCUCCAGUCCUCGCCACGCAAAAUGUCCUCUGGCAGUGCCGCCCUGGCAAGCUCUGCGCAUUCACCUGCCAUGAGUUUAUCCUUCAAGAGGUCUCCGUCUGCUGCGUCUGAUUCAUCCGCUCUCCCACGACCAUCUUUCAAUUUCUCGCGACCUCUAAGUAGAGCUGACGCACCUGGAUUUGACGUACCAACUCGCCAGGCUUCAUCAGACAGCCAGCCAUCAUUCAUUCUGGCUGAUGAUACUGCUCAUACUCCUGUGAGCAUGCACAGUGAAGCCUUCAUGGACCAGCAGACGGACGAAGGUAAAGGUGCUCCAUCAUACAUUUACUCCAAAUUUUCUCUUCCAAGAGGCAAAGCGCUUCAGCGAGAAGAACCAAAUGCGAUCCAUUGGGAACAGCCCCUGCUACCACUCAGCAAUAUUCAAUUCAAUUAUAAUGGUGCACCUCCGUCACCUCCGACGCGACCAUCUAGUUCAUCUGCUAGAACUGUUCCCGAUGAUGCGAUUAGCACGGUUAGCUCAAUGACUAGGCCGUCCGUGGACGUUGGUCGAGUAAGCAUGGAGAACUCGAGACUGGGAGUCACUGGACUGUUGACUUAUCCUCCACGGCCGUCAGUCGACGCGACGCGGAAGUCUGACGACGGUCCCAGGGGGCGAGCCCUGACAUCAGCGCUGCACGAGCAACUCCGGGGCAGGACGCCGGCGUCUACGAACACCAGCGACUCGGCCAGCACAGUUCGGCCGCCACCUUCGGCUAGAUCCCUGGCUCCAACCGCCUCCGAUAUCUCGGCAGAGGAACAUUUGGCCAAGGGCAUCGAGUGCCAUGAGAAGGGCUCUUUGAAGGAGUCAACAUACCAUCUCAGACUAGCUGCGAGGCAGAAUUUACCAACUGCCAUGCUUCUUUAUGCCCUUGCAUGCCGACAUGGCUGGGGCAUGCGGGCUAAUCAGCGCGAAGGUGUCGAAUGGCUGAGAAAGGCAGCCGAGCAUGCGAGCAUCGAGAUUGCGGAUGAUGAGGAUCAACUAAAGGAGGGUCGUGCUGCCCCAGCUUCUGUGGUUGAGAGAAAGGCGCGCAAGGCCCAGUUUGCCUUGAGCAUCUACGAGCUCGGUGUCUCUCACAUGAAUGGAUGGGGUAUCGAACAAGACAAAUCUCUUGCCCUCCGAUGCUUUGAGAUUGCUGGAAAUUGGGGCGAUGUCGAUGCCCUUGCCGAAGCCGGAUUCUGCUACGCCCAAGGGAUUGGAUGCAAGAAGAACCUGAAGAAGAGCGCCAAGUUUUAUCGCAUGGCUGAGGCAAAGGGGAUGAGCAUGGUGGGAAAUAGCUGGAUCCAUAAAGCCAAGUAUAACGACGAUGACCAGCCGUCACCAAGCAAAGACAGGAGAAAGACACGCAGCAAAUCCCGCACACGCACUAUGUUUGGCCUCAAGUCUUGA